CACACACCAUCACCAUCAUCAAAAAUUCCCAAUAAUUGCGACAGCAGUCAGGGCUGCUGCCGUCGGCUACUGCUCUGCAAUGAGCACGUCGACGGGAAACACUCCUUCGCAAGCUGAGCCUGGAGCUGAGGCUGCUGAAGGGUCUUCCAGGAGACCUGCUGCUGCACAAGCCUCACCAACAGCAUCUUCACCUCCUGGACCCUCCACACAAGAUCGGGCACAUCGACCUGGCACAGACCGAUAUCUGCGUGACAGGCUGGAACAGUAUAAAUCCGAAUCAACGCCUGCGCAUGGAUCCACCUUGGCUUUCCGCGCAUACACGUUUGCCUCUCAAUCGCAAGCCGUCAAGGCACUCGAUGACUUCCUCGACAAAUUUCCUCCGUCCACAACGCCCUCUGAUUCUACUAGCAAGCACAUUUGGAUAUGCGCAGCCGAUCGGCAGGGCUUCGGUCCGCGAGAUGUCGAGGAGGACAGAAUGAAAUUGGCCAUCGCAAGAGCUGGCAAGGAAAUGUCUGAUCUGAAGUUUGCCUUUGAUGGAAUCGACUCAGAUGACAGGAUCCCCCUGAGAGCAAGCAUCUCCCGGGGCAGGAGCAAAGCGCAGAGAAAGUCAGCGCUGGCAAGGAGGCUCGAGGAAGAUGUUCUGCCUGGACUGGCGAUGGAAGGGGGGCUCCUCACGGGCAAAUGGCUGUGGUUCAGAGCCCCCAGUCACGUGGACUACCUCACACGGUCUCUCGCCAGAAGCAUCGUUUAUGGCCCACUUUCAAAGCUUAAGAGAGCUCGAGUGCACACUCUCAAGGUGUCAUGCUCUGAUCAGACACGAGACGGUGAGCAUCUAGUUGCUCUCUACUACGACGAUGUAUGGGACCGCACUGCAAGUCGCGAGAUAGUCGAAUGCGUCAUCGAGCAACAUGGCUUAUCGAGAAGCGCUGCCAAGGCAGAUCUGUGGAGUGUGUUGGGACUGCACAGCAAGCACUGGUCUACCAUCGCGCCCUCCAUUUACACGUUUGACAGCCUGGUACCGCGGGAUGUACAGGACGAUCUCUUGUAUGUCUAUGACCGGCAAAAUCCGGCCAGACCGUCUGUUGACCUGAAUGGGUCAGGCAAUGCUAUGGAACGACACCGUGACCAUUCCGGCACCAUCACCGCGAGGCUCAAAGCGUCCGGGCUCCCCAGACAGGCCGCUUUCGCCGCCCAGCAAGUCAAGGCAGAUCUCAAUGACUUCGCGCUCUCAAUCACCAUUGCAACCGAGGUCUCCUGCCGAGGGAGCGGACGACAAUCCGCAGACGACUGCCAAUCAUACAGGUGGAACGGCAGUAUCGCAGCAGGCUCCUGACAGUGGAAGCGAAAGUCAUACUGAGUCAGAGGAGGGUGAAGU